AAUGACACCCGCGCCCUCAUUGGCCCCAGCCACAGCUCCACACCUGUUUCUGGGCCUUUGGACCACUCGUCACCUAAGGGCCCCUGGGACAGGACGCUCCCAGACCAGGCCAUUGCCCAGACCCAACACCAGAGUCAGGAGGACACACCUACUGCUGCACCAUCAAUCCCGGGCCUCACUCCAACUGCCUCCAGAGAGAGAAUGUGCAGCAUUCGCAGAGCCUCUUCCGUACAUGACAUGGAAGGCUUUGGGUCCAACUCUAAGGUGGCAUUCAGGGACAGACAUGCCAGUGAAGACAAUGGUCGCCAUAUCAAAGGGCCACUCAGCCAGAUCAAAUCCAGUCUGCUCGGCUCCACCUCCGACUCCAACCUCAACAAGUACAGCACAAUCAACAAAAUCCCCCUCAUCACGCUCAACUUCUCUGAGGCCACCAACGAAAAGAAGUGCCCCUCGCCUCCGUCCUCAGAGAAAACCAUCAUCGCCCCGAAAGUCAAGGACCGCACACACAACGUCACAGACAAGGUUACACAGGUGAGACGCUAACCAAGCAUGAAAACAUAAAACAAUCUUCUUCACCAAAAUCGGUUGAAAAGUUAAGGAUA